ACACGUUCUCAAACUGCUUGCUUUUAUUAACAAUUACUCCUUAAACAACCCUCAACGUAUACACACAACACAGAAUUAUACAUACAAAAAAACCCAAAUCUUGGUUAUAUUGAUCUUGAAAUCCUGUAAAAAGUGUGGAAUUUCGUGCGUUCUUGAAGAAUUGCAAUGGAGAUGGCCAUGGAAGAAGCUUGUUUGUGUGAGUUCUUGCUUAGGGUUGUACAAGUUCUUGCUGUUGAACAAAUUGACCUACGAAGAUUCCCUUUUGUUAUUUUUAUACAAAGCACAACUCCCACGUGUAAGUUUAGGCCUAUUUCUUGUUAGAAAGUUUUUAUCAUUAGGGCUUUCUUGGGUUAAUUCUUGAUUAUUACUUGAAACUUGAAAGUGUGGUGACCCAGUUUGUUUAAUCUUCAAGAUUUGUAGUUUUGGUAUCUGGGUAUUUCUUGGAUUUUUGUUUUGUGAAUGUUAGAUGUUGGAAGUUGCUAAUUUGGCUCGUGGAGAAGUUUUCAGAAUUCGGGUUCUUUAGGGUUCUUUGUUUUAGUUGUUUUGUGAUUGUGUUAGGUUUUAGGAUUUGAUAGUUUAGGUAUUGUCGAUGGCUGGAAGGGAAUUAGAGUUGCCAAAGUCAAAUGCGUCUACUUUAAGGGAACAAUUAGCUAGAAAGACUCUUGAGAAUGUUAGGAGACAGGGACAUAGUUAUGUUGAGUUAAGGGAAGAUAAUAAGAGGACUGUGUUCUUUUGUGUGUUGUGUUUGGCUCCGUGUUACAGUGAUUCUGUAUUGUAUGAUCACUUGAGAGGUAAUCUUCACAAAAUACGCUGUGAUGCUGCGAAAGCUACCUUGCUAAAACCAAAUCCCUGGCCAUUUAAUGAUGGUGUGUAUUUCUUUCAUGAUUUGUCUGAUCAAGUUGAGAAGUCGAAGGAUUCAAAUUCUGAUAGGUUUAGUUUUAUAGAAAUUGAUGAAAUUGAGGUAAAUAAUAACCUUGCAAUAGUUCCUCAUGACGGUAAGAAGAGUCCGGGGUCUUUUAGGCUAGAGUCUCCAGACAGGUCUGAUUCGGAAGCAGUUUACUCAGAUGGUGACAAGGAUUCUAGUGGGAACUGUAAUGGUAAUGAAACUGAGGAUUUAGUCAUUGCUGGUGUUUUGCACAAAGAUGAAAUUUGUGAUUUACAUGUGAGGUUCAUUGGCGUGGCUAAAAUUGCUGCUAGAUUCUGCAACAAAGAAGGGAUUUCCAAGGAUAUUAGUAGAUUGUGGUGUGAGUGGUUGGGAAAGAAUGAUCUUGAAAAUGAAGAUAUCUUUAUACCUGAGCAUGACUUUGCAGUUGUGACCUUCCCGUAUGACUAUGAUUUAGGUCGGAAGGCGUUGUUCCCUGAUGUGCAACACUUUCUUUUACCUGGUCCUCAGCAAGUAAGUGGCAGGGCUACCAAGAGGAAGAGGAAAUCACUUUCUGAUCCAGAAGACAUUAGCGAGUCUUUGGGAAGCAGUCAAUAUGAUUCUUCUGGUGAAGAAAAUCUAUCUUCAAAUAAUUCAAGUAUGAAAUUGACUUUGGGUAAAAGUGAUGGUCAGCUUAUGGAGUCGAGUGUUAUAUCGAGCAAAACUGUGCGGAAAGAACUGAGAAAGCAGCAACGUGUAGCUGCAGAAAGAAUGUGCGAUAUUUGUCAACACAAAGUGCUCCCUGGUAAAGAUGUGGCAACUCUUAUGAACAUGAAGACAGGCAGACUCGUCUGUAGUAGCAGAAAUGUCAAUGGGGCAUUUCAUGUAUUCCAUAUAUCCUGCCUUGUGCACUGGAUACUUCUCUCUGAGUUAGAAAUUCAUAACAAUCAAACUGCUGGUUCAGAAGUGAAACAGAGAGGUCGGAAAAAGGCUGGAGUUAAAAGGAAAGAGCUAGCAAAGGACGGUGAUAUAAAAUUUAUCGGGAAGAAAAUAUACUCAGUGUUCUGUCCAGAAUGUCAAGGCUCGGGUAUAGAUAUUCACGGAGAUGAACUGGAGAAGCCACCUGUUUCUCUCUCUGAGAUGUUCAAAUUUAAAAUCAAAAUUACAGAUGCACGCAGAGCAUGGAUAAAAAACCCUGAAGAGUUGCAGAAUUGCUCGUUGGGCUUUAGUUUCCCAUCCCAGUCUGAAGAAGCAGUUCAGGAGGAGAUAUCAUCUUUAAAGUUGCUGCGCUUUUACCGGGCUGAUGAGUAGAGUUUGGAUUGUUCAUAGUUGGGGCUAGAUGUUUGUGAAAUUGAAGCAACUCUUAUUUUGCAGUACACAGUAGGGUUGAGAUACUUGCAAGCUGAACUUGAUUAAUUCUAGUUAUGUAUAUCUUGUAAUUACGUAAGUUUGGUGGGAAACUGAGACAUACUUAACGGGUUCAACAUUAUAUACAUGGUGGAAAACUGAGACAUACUUAACAGUUUCAAUGUUAUAUACAUGGUUCUGUUGCACUCCA